CUUCACCUUUUGCCCCGCCUCCCGGAGACAACUCGUGGGAUGGCGGAUGGAUUCUGGAAGCUUCAGAUCGGCUGCUGCCAGUGCGCUGAUACCGGCAUUCUCCAGAGAGCGAGGAGUGCUGGAGAAAAAAUUGAGAAUGACCUGGAGGAGGUGCAUUUUCAGGCACAAGCUGAUUGGGUGAUGAUCGACGAGUUCCGCUGGGACAAGGAAAGAGUCCAGGUUGCCGAUUUCGGCGGCAGUAAGAUCACAUGUGGCAGCAGCUGUUCCCCGAGCUGGAGCCAGGAGACCGAGGCGCCCGCCUCGACGGAGCCUUCGAUUGGAUCUGACUCAGAGGUACAGUCCGAAGGGAGGAAAUUCCAGUGGCCAGCAUCGCAAAAGCUCGACAUGAGCCUCGAGCUGCGCCCCCCUCUGGGGGACAUGGGCUCUCCGGACGACAUGCUUGAGCCAUGCUUGCCAGAGCAGCCGCUGACUUCAGAGAACUCGCCCAUUCCGAAAGCUUGGCCGUACCCACCGACACAUUCUAUUGAUUGCGAGGAGCUGCUACAGACAGACGCAGAAGACGAUGAGGUUUGGAGCAGCAUCGGCUUCUUUCAAGAAUCGCCUUCUAUCACGAUGCCAGAAUCUGGCACAAUCGCGUCCGUGAAGCCGCCGAAGACGAAAUCUCCCGUGGCUUCCAUCGGUGAGACCACAGCCUUCGAUGCUGGUGCCGCAAGAGUCCUUUCACCUGGAGCAGGCCUCCAGGCGCGCGAGAUUCAUCUUGCGGAGGUGCCACCUCCGGCAGGGAACAUGGCCGGUCGUCCUCCCUGUCCGGACUUGGAUACGAGCAGUGCGAGCAGUCAGGACAGUCCUCGCUACGAACGGGACAGAGGCAGCAAGCAAGAAUUCCUCUCCUCCGCCCCCAUGAGCGAGAGUCAAAGCAAGAGGGUUGCGAGCGGCUUCCUCAACGACAACGAUUUCUUUCAUGUGAACGAAGUCGACGUCGAGUCCGCAGUGCGUCAUCCUUUGCUUGAAGCCGUGCUUCAGAAUCGACCUCGUGUCGUUAAAGCCCUCCUCCUCCUCGGCAGCCGUAAGGAUGUGCGGAACUCCCACGGCCUCACGCCGUUGCAAUUGGCACAACAUCUUGAACGCGAACAAGGUGGCUUCCAGGAGGUCCUGCAUGUCUUCGCCAUGGACGACUCUGGUGGGGCACGUCUCCAAGAGGGAAUCAAGGUGAUCAAGCACAUCAAAGUGAACAUCUGA